AUGCCCGGAACCCCAUCACAGGAGUGGGGGCAGCAGGCGGCCCGGGUGUACUUUCCCGACAGGCUGAGCAAUGAGAUCAUCCAAAUGAUCAUCGGCAGCGACUGCGGCUUGUCGAACUCGGACCUCAAGUCGCUGCGGUGCGUGUGCAAGAGGCUGGACGACGCCAUCAUCCCCGUCCUUUUCCGGACGGUCGUAUGCUCUUCUCUCUGGAGAGACCGAAGGAAUUUCCUGAGCAUCGCGGGCUCAGCCCGCCUGUCUGGCUCCGCCAGGACUUUCCGGUGGCUCGAGCUGUCGCCCAUGACCCCCGACAUUCCCAACAUCGAUGAAGAAGAGGAGAGGGAGCUCGCAGCUUACGGGGAUGAUUUGAACGUUACGGGCUUGGAGCUGGCGACGGCACUGAUGAAGCGCCCUUCUAACCCGGUGUUUUGGAUGCCGGCACUAGAUUUAGAUCUCACGGCGAGCCUCAGGGCAAACCGUGACUUCAUAACCCCCUUCUGCAAGGCCAUCUUGGCCAUGCCCUGCCUUACGAGGGUAGAGGUACAAACUAUGCCUCAUGAUCGAGUUAUAUGGACGAGCCCUUCGGGCUUCGAGUUCACGCCUGGCAACACGGCCGGCGUCCGCUCACGCUACAUGCGGUAUUCCAACAAGCCCGACGGAGGUGGCGGACUGUACGGAAUACUCGCGAUCUCCGUCAUAGGGCGUGUGGCGGGCACACCGGGAACCGGACCGCCGGGGAUCGAUCCGGUUCUUGUUUGGGAAGAGAACGAGUAUCCCGUGCAUGACAGCGAAUACGCUAGGUCUCUGAGUCAAUACCCCCACAGAGCGCUGAAAUACGUCCGGGAACUGUCACUUGCUCUGACCAAGGGGCGAGUCGGGAAUUGGUGGAAUGCCCUCGAUGACUUCUCGGACCACCUUCAACUGGCCAUGCAUUUGCAGAAGCUGUGUCUUGACUGGAAGGCCUGGCACUUUACGGACGAAGCGGCGCACAAGCCCAUGACACGCAUCAUGCUGAUGUACGGGCUCGUCCCCAUCUCCCCUUGCCUCAAGGAGCUGACAAUCAAGCACUACGAGCAAAACAGUGAGCUCCCGUCUCUCCUCGCCUACGUGCUCAUCGGCCACGGCGGGAGUAUCCGGACGCUCCGGCUCGAGAAUUGCAAGACCACGGUGGAGGUUAUGCGAAAACUGUUCGAGGAAGACGUGCCGAGGGUCGAGGAUCUCGUCGUCGUCGAGGACGGGGCCCUCGUGUAUCGGGGAGAAUCUAAAGGCAUCCCCGACUUCGCUGGGCAUAUCAGAUUCCCUUUUAAGCUACCGCCGUGGGACAGCUUCAAAAUUCGGGAUCGGACUUGCCACCCGUUCGUCAGCGAAGAGUAUUGCGAACUGCUUCAUCACGUCAUUGGCGACGAAGGAGAAGAAGAAGACGAAGAAGCCGACCAAAAGGUCGGUGAAGCCGGCGAUGGAGAGGGCGACGGCGUGGAGGUCGAUCAAGAUGCGGAAGUCGGUCAGCCCGAGGACGGUGAAGAAGCGGAAACGAUAACUAGCCUCGAGCAGCUCACCCAGGGCCGCCGGGGCAGCUGGGAUAAUGACCGGCGCUGGGGGCCCUGGGAGCCUAGGGGGCCAUGGACAGGCGAAGCUGAGGAAGAAGGGGAUGCGAAUGACCCUGACGUCGAUGAAGACGAUAAGUCUGACGUUGAUGAGGAUGACCCUGCAUACCGGCACCUGACGGCCCCGCACUGGGCGUGCAGGCCCUACAAGUUCGGCGACUACGCGGGCGCCAUUUACUGCCCAGUCCCCAAAGAUAACCCCUUGGGUUACCCGACGACGAUCUGGAUGCUCACACGCCGUCGCGGGCAGACGCUGAUCGACGAGCCCAUCCUCACGUGGCUGGAGCCAGACGAGCACUUUGAGGACUGGGACGAGUCCCUGGGCGACGAGGCGCGGCCGACGCCGCUGGGCUGGCAGCUUGCGGCGCUGGCCUGCCUGGCUAAGGGCGGCGAGGACCGCACGGCCUUUGCCAAGCAGCUGCUCGACCUCUUCCACGACGGCGGCGUCCCCGACUUCCCCCGCCUACCACUCGACCCCAAGUACUUCCCGGACCCCGUGGUGAUGGACAGGAGCACGCGGACCUCCAACUUCCGGCUACCCAGCGACCCCGCCAACGGCGGAUACUUUUCCGACGAGACCCUGCUGUCUGUGGAUGACUAUCGUGCCGCAUGUAGGGAAUGGAGGCGGGUGUCAUUGGAGGAGUGGUACCCUGACACGCCUUGGUACCAGGAGCCUUGA